AUGUCUCCCACCAAUAGCCGGAGAACUAUCGCUACUGCAUAUCUGUUUGUUGCUGCGUUCUCUGCUUAUGUAGUCAUGAGCUAUCAAGAUCAGUACUUUGACGACAUUGGAAGGCUCGGUUUGCGAGACAAGAAAGGUGGUAUGCCUCAGUCGGUGUACCCUUGGUUCUAUGAGUUGUAUCUGGAUCGUAUGCCACAGAUGUUUCAGAUGAUGCAUCUUCGAUCCUGGGCCGGUGAGGCUGCUACUUCUAAGCCGGCAUGGGCCUCUUUUAUCUGGUUGUCGCAACAGUAUUUCUCGGGGUUGAUUGCUUUUGCUUUCUUCCUCUUGACUCAGUCUCACAUUCGUCGACUGAAGUGGUUUACGAUGCUUGCAUUCGUCUGGGUAGCAAUGACGAGCCUUAGCUGCGCGCAUUCCUUGCUGCUCGCGUUCAUACUCUUAACACCUCCAUUGAGAGACUCCAGAUGGUUCGACAUCGAAGUACUACAUACAGUUGUCGGACUCGUGUCGCUAGCCCACUACGUCGCCGCAGGGAUGAUGGUGCUUGCAAUCAACAGUCCUUUGUUUCAGAGGCAGCUGUUGGUCACGACUGCCCUUCCGUUGGUCCUUCCACUCCUCCCGUGGAUUUUGCCCAAGGUUGACAGCCAUCACCGCCGACUCGUCAGCAUCUCGGAAGCGCAAUCCAAAGUCUUUCUUACAACAGGCUUGUUAUCUUUGGCUCUUCACUGGGUAACAAUGUGGUUCAUGUUCUACGGAACAGCUUUUGUCAAUGCUGAGGAUCUCAGCUAUCGAAUCUUUGUCCAAAGGUCUGACGUCGACGACUGCUUUAGACUCGGACUGGUGCAUUUCUUGAAGCACGAUCCUUCUGUAGCAGCCAUGUGCUGUGAUGUUAUGCUCACUCUACUCUUACUUCUGACCUGGAUUCCAGUGAGCACGGUUAGUCUCUGGGGCAUGAUCAAAUGUUCUAUGAACCCGUGGCUUGAGACUGGUCAGAGAACAGUGUGGGAUAACAAUCUAGACUUGGGCGCAGCGUUGGCUAGGGCACAUGAGCCGAGAGUGAUCGUAUCGAGGAGUGAGCCGGCUUUCUGGAGGUUGGUCCUCGCAGUGGUGUUGUGGGUGCUUGGUGGACUUGGAUGGGUGGUACCUGCAGUCUUGGGAGCAGGGGCAAGGCAUCUAGACCCAUGA